AUGCGCAGACCGGCGGCCCUGCAUGCAUCACAGCUUGGGAACAAACGGUCUCUGCACCUGGCGCCCCCCUUUCUUUUGGACGACUACACACCCCGAUACAUGACACUUAGCUCGGUGGACGCCGCCAAGAAGCGCUCGAAAGCUUAUGCGCACCUUCGCAACUGCAACCUGUGUCCCCGUUUAUGCGGCGUCAACCGCUACGAGACGACGGGCAUGUGUCUCAUCGGCCACAACGUCAAGGUGAACACCAUUGCGCCGCACUUUGGCGAGGAGCCUUGCAUCCAGGGCCACAACGGCAGCGGCUCUGUCUUCUUCAGUAUGUGUAACCUACGCUGUGUCUUUUGCCAGAACCAUGACAUUGCGCACCAGCGCAAUGGCCAGGAUCUGACCCCGGAGGAACUCGGGGAUUGGUACCUCAAGCUGCAGGAGGUGGGCAACGUCCACAAUAUCAACCUCAUCACCCCUGAACAUGUGGUUCCUCAGGUUGCUUUAAGCAUCCUCCAUGCGCGGGACAACGGGCUAACUCUGCCCAUCGUCUACAAUACGUCUGCUUACGACUCUUUGGCGUCUCUUGAACUGCUGGACGGCUUAGUGGAUAUCUACCUCCCGGACUUCAAGCUGUGGUUUCCUGUCAGUUCGCGGCGUCUCUUGAAAGCAGAGGAUUAUGCAGCUACGGCGAGGGAGAGCAUCAAAGCCAUGCAUGCUCAGGUUGGGGAUCUGUGCUUCACCGCGGAUGGCAUCGCCAAGAGAGGGUUGCUUGUGCGCCACCUCGUCAUGCCAGGCUUUGAGGCGGAGAGCGCCGAGAUCAUGAACUUCCUCGCAAACGAGGUCUCCAAGGACUGCUUCGUCAAUAUAAUGGAGCAGUACCACCCUGACGCCUACGUAGGCAAGCCUAAGAGCCGGUCAAAACGAUCUGCCGCCGACAAAGACGACAGUGCUAGUGAGAGACGGUACGCGGAUAUCAACCGUGCUGUGACCAAGGACGAGAUCUCCAGCGUACGGAAGGCGGCCGAGGCAGCAGGCCUUUGGAGGUUCUGCGACCCCCCAAGACACGACGGCUUCAGCCUCUAA